AUGACUUUCCUUCGCCGUCCUGGCGGAACAUUUACUGCAUUUCGAAGGACAAUGGGGAAGACCAUGUACGACUUCUACUCGGAUCUAAUCGACAGCCUCGUCUACCUGCUUACACACCAUCUCAGGCAAGACGAAUAUAUUGCUCCUUCGGUUCUCUCUUCCGGAAUUCGACAAGCCAUCACGUCGAUGAAGAAUUGUACGACAUCAGUAUAUCUGAAGAGUCUUCCACCAGUUAUCGUAAAAACUCUGGACAAGCUCUUCACGCGGUACCUGCCAGAAUGUUAA